CGGUAAGUUCAAUUCGCUUCGUCUACCAUUUACUGGCUGUCAUUUUCCAAACCCCGAGACAUCGAGACAGAACUGAGUAUCUACUGAGAUUCCGAACCGAAUCCGAAUCCGAGUUCUGUGUUCUGUCUUCUGUGAUUCCGUCACCGUCAGGUCAGUCAGUCAUUCGUUCUCUUCCAUUCGACGGCGAAAGGUGUGUUUCGUGUUGUGCGCUUCUAUGAGUCUUCAGAAAUAAAUUUUAUUUUAUUUUUCUUUUGAUUUUGCUUGUCUGGUGUGAAUUAUCGUUUUUAUUCUCGUUAAAUUGAAAUUCGCUGUGUCGGCGAUUGUAUACAAUACACAAAGGCGGUUCGAUCUGUUUGAUUAAUUUAAAUUCUAUCUACGAUUUAAGAAUUUUAAUCAGAAACUGCUGCUGCUUCUGCUGCAGGUGUAUAACAGCUCGACAGAAGAAAAAAAAAGUUAUUAAUUUCCACAGAACGUGGCUGUCGAAAGAAAGUUGCGUGUUUUGUGUCUGGCGGCGGCGAGAAAGGUAAACUAAAGCGCCAUCAUAAUUUUCAACAACCCAGAAAAAAAAAUAAGAAGAAUUAAAGAAAAAUAAAAAAGUGCAAAAAUAUUUUAUCUGCUUCCGAAUUUGUGAAAAUUUCACCGAAAGCUGUGCCGCAUUAUUAAAUUCCUUAAAGUGUUCUUUUCGUGAUCUGAGAUUACCUACCCACUCUUUUUUUUUUGGUGAUUUUCAAAUUGGUAUUGGUGUGUGGAAACGCGACGUCGACAUCGACAUCGACGACGACAAUUGCGCGAGUGUUUGUGUUCACCUUCACCUAUCCGUCAGUCCUCAGUAUCACUGUAGUUUGAAGCCGUGAAGAAUUACUAUACCUGGGCUAUUGUUUUUGAAUUUACAAGAACAAUACAAAAAAAAUAGUAAAUAAACAAUAACAAAACACAAAAUAAAAAUAAAAAUACCGGGGAAGGUUAAAAUUCCGGAAUUCAAUUUUGGAGUUUGAGAUUUUUAAUGUUGUUGGCGGAGAUUUAAACAAGUUAAACGGAAAUAUUUAGUAGAGAAUUCCAAAGUCAAUAAUUUAUAUACACCCACGUCGUACAUAUAUUCUUCCUGAAGUCACAAUACCACCUCAUAUAUUAUAGAUUCUAUUUCCAAAAUUAAAUAGACAGCAAUCAUGAUGGAACUAGAACCGCGAGUUGCUAUACUUCAAGAUCUACGAUUACAAACUUUUGAUUCGAUACGAUUUGCCUCCUAUCGAACUGCAUCGAAACUUCGUUACAUUCAGAAAUCAACAAAUCUACAUUUGGUCGAUAUUUGGAAUGUGAUUGAGGCAUUUCGUGAAAAUGGCCUAAAUACCUUGGAACCACAAAGUGAAGUUAGUGUGGCAAGGCUAGAGACACUCGUAUCGUCGCUCUAUCAUAAUCUUAAUAAGCGUCUUCCAACGGCACAACAAGUUCCUGUCGAUUCAAAAGCUGGACUUUUAUUAAAUUGGCUUUUGGCUGCAUAUACUAGUGAUAACUCAGGUAAAAUUCGAGUCUUCUCCAUAAAAGUCGCACUGGCCACCAUGUGUUCCGGCAAACUUGUCGAUAAAUUACGAUAUAUAUUCUCACAAAUAUCGGAUGGUGCCGGUCAACUAGUCCCUUGGAAACUUGGCGAAUUUCUGCGUGAAGUCUUAGCGCUACCCGCAGCUGUUUAUGAAUCACCCACAUUCCAUUAUAAAGAAGGUCUUGAAGAGGAAAUUUUUCCGGCUGAUGCGAAAGUCACAGUGAAUGAUUUUAUGGCAAUACUUAUGUCUGAACCAGGACCAUCGUGUCUCGUCUGGUUGCCAUUGCUGCAUCGCUUGGCCACGGUCGAGACAAUCGUCCAUCCGACUAUCUGUUCUGUUUGUCAUAAGGAAAAUUUUACCGGAUUUCGUUAUCGAUGUCAGCGAUGUCACGCCUACCAGUUGUGUCAAGAGUGCUUUUGGCAUGGCAAGACAUCACUGAAUCACCAAAACGAUCACGAAGUCAAGGAAUACUCGAGCUAUAAGUCUCCCAGCAAACAGAUCGGACAUUCGUUAAGGAAGAGCUUUCGAUGUGUGCCUGAAAAGACUGCACAAGUGUUGCCACGAUUCCCCGAACAGCCGGAGAAGACGUUGAAUUUGUCGCAUAUAGUACCGCCCUCACCAUUGCCAUCGCAUAAUGGCUUCUCCGAUCCAAGCUUGUUGCAUGGCUACGAUAGAAGCAGCACAUUAGAUUCCAGAGCUACUGGCAGGAGCUUGGAUAGUGCUGGUGGAACUUCGAUAUCACGGGUAGCCGCUGCUUCAGCUAAUGAUGAGGAACAUCGUUUGAUUGCCAGAUAUGCAGCCAGGCUUGCGCAAGAGAAUAGAGCACCCUCCGGAAUUCCGACUGAAAAUUCCACCAUCACCACGGACAAUUCCCGUGCCCAACGUGAACUGAUCGCCCAGCUAGAGUCGAAAAACAAAGAGAUCAUGCGUGAAAUCGCCCGCCUGCGCCGACAGCAAGAAGCCGAACAAAUGACACCCGAAAAUCCGGCCCUCAUAAACGAACUGCGAGCAUUGAGACAGCGCAAAGGUGAACUCGAGGGCCACUUGGGAGCCCUCCAAGAUUCCCGUCGCCAACUCAUGGACCAACUCGAGGGCCUAAUGCGAAUGUUAAAGAACCAACAGACUGCAAGUCCACGAUCCACACCCAAUUCUAGUCCACGAUCGGGUAAAUCUCCACCAAUGCCCGGAAAUCAGCAAAACUCCGUUCAACAACAGCAACAGCAGCAACAACAACAGCAACAACAAUUGCUGCGAUCGUCUGCAUCUCAGCAACAACAACAACAUCACCAGAUUCCGCCCAAUUGUCAGGCCCAAUCAAUGCACAAUAAUGCAAAUUCAUUGGAACAACAAACCCUGAAUCAAUUGAACGAAGUACGAGCCGCCUUCCAUUCCAAUGGAACAUCCAAUGAUGAUCCAACAAAAGACUUAUACUAUGCUGCAGAUACUGUCUCAUCGGCAAUGUCUUCAUUAGUUCGUGAACUGAAUUCAGUGAAAUAUUGUUCAGAAAGUCCAACUAAAAAGGAAAAGGCACCCACAUUUAUAAAACCUCUUGAUUUUGAUGAAUCACAAUCGUAUAAUCCAGACUGGAAUGAAAAGGCAAAUGCGAAUAGUCAAUGGCAAGAGCAAUUUGCUCAAUGGAAUUUGAAUACGCAAAAUCCAUAGAUAAGUUAAAGUGUAGUUAUUAUUUUCUUAAAAACAAAACAAAAAUUAAGUACUUAUAGCUAUUAUGCAAAAUAAAAAUAUUUAAAAAAAAAAACUAAACUUAAUCAAACAAAAAAAGAUUAAAUCGCAGGCAUUUUAUAACACAAAACAAAAAAUUAAAAUAAAAUUUAAAGCAUAAAACAAAAAACACAACAAAAUAAAGUUUAAAAAUAAAAAAAAAGAAAAUAGCAUUAAGAUCUUAUACAAUUUUUAAAAAUAAGACAAACAAAAAUCAAAUUCGCAAUAAAAUAGUGUUUCUGGUUAAUUUUUUGUUUUAAUAUUAUUUUUAAUAUCAAGCCAGUCAUAAAAUAGAUUCAAACAUUAAAAAACAAUUUAUUAUAAGAAUUAAAUCUCGAAAACCACUAAAAUACGGAAAAUAUGUAGAUUUUAGUCUUAAAUACGAAUAUUAAUAAAUUAAAAAUUAAUAUUAGUAAAAUAAAGUUUAAAUAAUGGAAUUUUACCAAUAAAAGACUAAAAAAUAAAUUUAAAAAAAAUUAACAAUUUAUCUAAGCCUAUUUAAGUUUAACAAAAACAAAAAAAAAUAUACUAACCAGACAAACAAAAACUUAACUAUUUUAUUUAGCAUUUAGAAAGAAUCUCUUGAUUAUAAACAUUCAAAAAUUAUAAAUUACCAAUAAGCUAUGCUUUACAUUAUUAUUAUUAUAUACAAAAAAAGAAAAUUUGUUGAAAAAAA